AUGGCAUCUUUUGGCUUUCACACCACUUCUGACGAGGCCAGCAAGGCUCUCAAAGAAAACAUCACCGGCAAGACAAUCGUCAUUACGGGCGUCAGUCCAGGAUCCCUUGGUGCAGACACAGCCCGGGCUAUCCUAGCCCAAUCCCCUGCCAAACUCAUCCUAGCCAGCCAGACAGAGUCGAAGCUGCAAGAGGUCAUCAGGUCUCUUGAUACACCUGCAGGGACUUCUGUUUAUCCCCUGGUACUGGAUCUUGCCUCGCAUGAUGCAGUUCGCAAGGCUGCUGCCGAGUUGUCGACCUAUGUCGAUGCUAUUGAUGCCAUGAUAUGCACUGCGGGAGUCAUGGCUUUGCCGUUAUACCAAAAGUCCAAGGAUGGCAUUGAGAUGCAAUUUGCGGUCAACUAUCUUGGACACUUUUUGUUCAUCAAUCUCUUGGUCGACAAGCUCCUUGCUGGGAAUGCUACUGUGGUCACUUAUACCAGCGAAGCCCACACGCGCGCUGACUUGGGCUUCCUCGAUGGCCUGACAUACAGCGAGGGAAAGACUUACGAGAAGUGGACUGCAUACAGCAACUCCAAGGCUUGCGACAUUUUGCUUUCGGUUGGAUUAGUCGAGAAGUUUGGCAAACGCGGUCUUCGUUCGUUUAGUGUCGAUCCCGGCAUCAUCGUCAGCACCUCAUUGACCCGAUCUGUGCCUCAAGAAGACUUUCGAGCCAUGGGAUGGGUUGAUGAGAGUGGCAACUUGAACUCGGCCAUCAAAGUCAAGACACUGGCCGAGGGUGCUGCCACUGGCAUCAUUGCUGCAUUUGACCGCAAACUUUCGAAUGAGGAGGGAUAUUUUCUUGCUGAUGGAGGUCUAACUGAGCAGGGCCUCCUGCCAGCUGCAGUUGAUCCUACCAAGGCGGCAAAGCUGUGGAACAUCAGUGAGAAGCUGGCCAAGUAA